AUCGGCGUCGCUCUUCCACUGCAGCAGGGCUGUCCGCGAACACAUGGUGCAUUCAAUGCUUCAACGUGUCCGGCCUGUAUGUAAGAGAUGAAAGAAAGACCUGGUUUCUCUCCUCUCCUUUCGAUAUGCUAGAGAUAGAUCGAAAUGCGUAGUUGCUUUUUUUUGGUAGACUGAUCGUCUGGUGUGGUUCUUUGGGGGGGCCCCGAAGAUUUACACUGGGAGAAGACAAUCCUCCCGUUCUGUUCCACCAAGAAUUAUCAGGGGACCGGGGGAAAGUUAACUAACUAUACGAGAGCGAUAUUCCCAUGAUCACGGUCAGUCGGUUGCUGGUUCCCACAGCAAUACAAGCAGCAGCACCACCACCUCCUCCCCCUCCACAGCCACCAGCUGCACAUACCGAUGCGAGGCUACUCCAUGAUCUGGACCUGCUUCCCGCUGGCAUUGUGUCAUCAGGACGGAUUCGGGGGUUUCCAGCUGCAGUUCGCAAUCAAGGUGACGAACUCUCUCAUAGCGACGCGGCCCUGUACGACUGUGGAAGGUUGCCAGUCAAUCUGGUUGUAUGGAGUCGGCAAUAGCCUCACCGGAUGGAGCAGAUCCUCCACGCAAGCCAGUCGCUAGUUGCUUCGUCCAUCACUUAGUGGGUUUUUCUCUAGUCUUACAGGCUGCCGGGCCCCUGGGAGGGAGCAGAGGGGAGGGGAGGACCAUCCAUUGCAUUUUGGACGGGUCUGGGGAAUCACCCACACCGGCCGGUCGCCAACCGAAAGGUGCGCCCAGCAGGAUCUAGUGGUGAGCGACGAGGAUCAUCCGUCCGGCGACCUUUCCCAGGGUGCACCAUCCAUGCGUAGGGAAGGUUUAUUCUGGAUGGGGACCCUCCCAGCUGGGGCUGUUCUACUGGGUAAAAACAAAUUCCUCAUUCGAGCAGCAUCAUUUGCUUUUGCGUAUCCACCGCGCUGGGGAAGAAGUGGAAGCUGUAGGAACUGGCACUAGGCACUCGGCACUAGGGAAGACGACGAAAAUCAGGACGGCGAAGAGAAUCGCAGGUUAACCUAGUGAAGUUUAGCAUGGCUUUGGCUCGCUUCUUUGGCGUUUUUCUCCGUCCCGCGACGGACCAAUCAGAGUGCAAAUGCGCACUGGCUUGGCGUUCCUCGACCCCCCCGCAUCCAUGUUAGAGUUUAAAAAAAGCGCAGCCCGGGACGGGAUGGAUGGAUGCCCUACUGACCCUGUC